AUGGGCAAAAUUUCCCUUGCCAAAGCAAUCCAUCCCGAAUUUGUGGCUAGCUGCAAGUAUCUCGGUACCAUGGGCGAUUCGCGGCCAGUCUAUAUCUACGAGAUGGAGCAUCUUCCUGGGACUGCUCACAUAAUGGCGCGCAUUCCUCCAGACGACAUGUCCCGACAGCGUAACACUAUUAAGGACUUUGCAAGGUUCCUUGCACAGUCAUGGAACAACGACCUACGGCCAUGCUCAGAUGCAACUGCAACAUUGCUUAUGGAGUUUCAAUCAAGUUUUGACCUUCUUGCUCGAGAUCUGCCAUCUCGCUUUGCACCGAGCCUAGAAAGGGUCCGCAAGGAGCUCCCGUCUCUCUUCUCAGAAGCCCUCCCCUUUGUUCUUAGCCACGGUGACCUUAACGGGAUGAAUCUCCUCGUCAAUCCCAAAACUGGAAAUAUCACAGGAAUUGUCGACUGGGCUGAAUCAAGAAUUCUGCCGUUCGGCUUCGCCCUAUACGGGCUUGAGAAUUUUUUGGGCCGGAUGGAUUCAAAAGGGUGGCACUACUACGAUCGCUACCGCGAUCUCGAGAGUCUCUUCUGGCAAACCUUUCGAGAAGAGGCUCAUAAAUUCUCUUCCACUGAUUUGUAUUUGAUCCGCGCUGCGAGGAUGGCUGGAUUUUUUUACCGUUAUGGAUUUAAUUUUGAUGCGAAAGGCGUAGUGCAAAGUGUGCGGAUGGACCAGCCGGAUGACAAUGUCUUCAUUUCGGAGGACAGCCAUAAGCUGGUUCUCCGUUUCGAUCUUUUCGUUGGUAAAGACUUGCUCUCCAAGAAAGAACCCAGUGAUGCGGAAAGGUGUCCCACGGCUUUUCACAUCUCUGUCAUCCAACAUGACGGUGCCGUUAUCCGCGAGGACAAACUCGCUCAUCAUCGCCGGCACCUCAUUAGUAAGGACUUGAAGCCCGAGGAGAUCAACCAGGUGAUGGGCUUGAAGGCCAGCAAUCUCCUGAAGGUGCGUCUUCUGCACUUGUGGCUGGUCUCCAUCGUCCGGUAG